GUGGCUGUGAGCUGGUGGAGGAAGGGGAGGCGCAGGUAACAGGUAACAGAGCUCAGUACAGGUAACAGAGAACGGAGCUCUCGCUCUCUCUCUCUACCCACAGCACAGACACGGCAUACAGGUUGAAGAAGGACUGAGCAAUGUUCUCCUCGGUCACUCCCUACAAGAACCAGGUAUACUCUGAGCUGAAGCGUCAGUGCCAGGAGACCAAGAAGCUCUUCGAGGAUCCUGAGUUCCCAGCCAACAACAAAUCCCUGUUCUACCAGAAGCCCCCUCCAGGGCGGGUGGAGUGGAAGAGGCCGCGGGAAAUCUGCGAGGACCCUCACCUGUUCGUAGAGGGGAUCAGCUCACAUGACCUGAACCAGGGCACUCUGGGUAACUGCUGGUUUGUGGCCGCAUGCUCCUGCCUGGCAGCCAAGCCCGAGCUCUGGCAGAAGGUAAUUCCUGACUGGAAGGAGCAGGAGUGGGACAGCAAGCACCCGGACAACUAUGCCGGAAUCUUCCACUUCCGGUUCUGGAUAUUCGGCGAGUGGCUGGACGUGGUGGUGGACGACCGCCUGCCCACCAUUAACGGGGAGCUGACCUACUGCCACUCCAAGCUCAAUAACGAGUUCUGGAGCGCCCUGCUGGAGAAGGCCUACGCCAAGCUGUCUCUGUGCUACGAGUCCCUGAGUGGGGGAAACACGGGCGACGCGGUGGUGGACUUCACCGGGGCGGUGUCUGAGUCCAUCGACAUGGUGCAGGGGAAGUACGCCACCGACCUGUCCGAGCAGGUGAACCUGUUUGAGGACCUGCUGAAGGUGUUCGAGCGCGGCGGCAUCAUCAGCUGCUCCAUCAAGGCCUCGCCUACAGAGAUUGAGGCUCGGAUGCCCUGCGGCCUGGUCAAGGGGCACGCCUACUCUGUGACAGCGGUCCGGAGAGCCCGGCUGGGCCACGGGCUCAUGGCCUACUUCAAAUCGGAGAAGGUCUUCCUGAUCCGGAUGAGGAACCCCUGGGGGAAAACCGAGUGGAACGGGCAAUGGAGCGACAGUUCAGAGCAAUGGCAGAAAGUUGGUGAUGCAGAGAGAAAAGCCAUGGAGAUCACUGUGGAAGAUGACGGGGAGUUCUGGAUGGCGUUUGAUGACUGGUGCACCUUCUUCACGGACGUGGACAUAUGCCGCGUCAUUAACACCUCCGUGCUGAGCCUGGAGAAGACCUGGCACGAGGCCGUUCACAUCAGCAGCUGGACCAGGCACUCGGAGCCCCUGCUCAACCGCUGCGGGGGCUGCAUGAACCACCGGCAGACCUUCCUGCAGAACCCACAGUAUUUGUUCGACGUGACGAAGGAGAUGGACGAGGUCCUCAUCUCCCUGCAGCAGCGGGACAUGAAGAUGCACCGGUCGGUGGGCCAGGGGGAGAACGUCACCAUGGGCUUCGUCAUCCUGGAGGUAGAGCUUAACAGAAAGUACCGGAUGCAUGAUCUGGUGACCCAGGACAACGUGGCGACGUCCACGUACAUCAACGCGCGCACGGUGUUCAUGAGGACGGUUCUGCGCAAAGGCCGCUACGUCGUGGUGCCCUCCACGUUUCUGCCCAACGUGCUGGGAGACUUCAUGCUCAGGCUCUACACGGACGUGGAUUCAGACUGCAGAGAGCUGACCCUGGACAAGCCCAAAGUGACCUGCUGGAGCAGCUUCACAGGCUACCCCCAGGCCAUCACACAGGUCUACAUCCACGGAGCCGAGGGCCUGCAGAACCAGGACAGCUCAGGGGGAGCGGAUCCCUACGUGAUCAUAUACUGCGAGGGGAAGUCUGUCCGCUCCACCGUGCAGAAGGACACCCUGGAGCCCCGGUUCAACACCAGAGGCAUCUUCUACAGGAAGAAGCCCAGGAAGCCCAUCACCGUGCAGGUGUGGAACAGCAACGUGGGGCAGGAUGAGUUCAUGGGGCAGGUGGUUCUGGCUGCCUCCCCGAAAGACCCCACGGGCCCCCAGAAACUGCAGCUGCGCAAGAAGGGCCAACAGAUGGCCGACGAGAUGCCCGGGACCAUCAGCCUCAGAGUCAUCACCAGCACCGACCUCAUGGCCAUGUGAGCCGCCAUUACACUGAGCUCAUCACACUGACCCACUACCACACUGACCCACUAUCACACUGAGCUCAUCACACUGAGCUCAUCACACUGAGCCGCCAUUACACUGAGCUUAUUACACUGAGCCACCAUUACACUGAGCUUAUUACACUGAGCUCAUCACACUGACCCACUACCACACUGACCCACUAUCACACUGAGCUCAUCACACUGAGCUCAUCACACUGAGCCGCCAUUACACUGAGCUUAUUACACUGAGCCACCAUUACACUGAGCUCAUCACACUGAGCCGCCAUUACACUGAGCUUAUUACACUGAGCCACAAUUACACUGAGCUCAUCACACUGAGCUCAUCACACUGACCCACUACCACACUGACCCACUAUCACACUGAGCUCAUCACACUGAGCUCAUCACACUGAGCCACCAUUACACUGAGCUCAUCACACUGAGCUCAUCACACUGAGCUACCAUUACACUGAGCUUAUUACACUGAGCCACCAUUACACUGAGCUUAUUACACUGAGCUCAUCACACUGACCCACUACCACACUGACCCACUAUCACACUGAGCUCAUCACACUGAGCUCAUCACACUGAGCCGCCAUUACACUGAGCUUAUUACACUGAGCCACCAUUACACUGAGCUCAUCACACUGACCCACUAUCACACUGAGCUCAUCACACUGAGCUACCAUUACACUGAGCUGAUCACACUGAGCCGCCAUUACACUGACCCACUAUGACACUGAGCUCAUCACACUGAGGUUAUUACACUGAGGUUAUUACACUGAGCUCAUCACACUGAGCUUAUUACACUGAGCCGCUAUUACACUGACCCACUAUCACACUGAGCUCAUUACACUGAGCUGAUCACACUGAGCUACCAUUACACUGAGCUGAUCACACUGAGCCGCCAUUACACUGACCCACUAUGACACUGAGCUCAUCACACUGAGCUACCAUUACACUGAGUUCAUCACACUGAGGUUGUUACACUGAGCUUAUUACACUGAGCUUAUUACACUGAGCUCAUUACAUCCCAUCACAUUACAGUCAUUUAACUGACACUUUUAUCCAAUGCCACUUACUGUUGAUUUGACUAAGCAGGGCCCAAUCCCCCCUGGAGCAAUAUGGGGUUAAGGGCCUUGCUCAAGGGCUGCACUGAUAUUAUUGUGGUGACACUGGAGAAAUGAAGCUAUCUACCCUGCCCUGUCCCACCCCAUACAGCCAAAGAAUGCCAAUUAUUAUGCAGGGGCCUGUUCCACAAAGCAGGAUUACUGAGUUAGCUGGCUUACUGCAAUCAGUCAAACCCUGACCCUGUCCAAAUCUGGAACAUGGACUGAAAGUAAAAAGAGCUGUUUGGGGUUUCACUUUGUGCAGUUAUCCGGCUGACUCAGCAAUCCUGCUUUGUGGACCCCAGGACCCAGAUCAAUCACAAUAAAACCCAAUGUAUAGUGGUCUGUAUCCUGACCCAAACCCGAUGGGACCCGAGAUUAUGUUGCAAUCGAUCUGGCUGGGUAUCAGGGCUAUUCUUUACCUCUGUGUGUUACUUCACAUGAGACACCACCUCCCCCAGGGAAGUUUACAAGUCAUGGUGUAGCAGCAAAUCUAAGCCCACAUGUUCUACAAAAAGGAAUAAUUAUGGACUGCAACAGACCAGCAAGUAUUCUGGAGAUUUUAGAAACUGUGUUUAAAAUGUUAUCUCACAACAUCAAGAAAAAGUAAUUUAAUGAUGCUUAUUUCGUAGGAAACCCCAUUCUAUCGGCGUUGUUUCUAAGACAGACGUUUAGGACAUGUUGAGGAUGUAAUUUCAUAUUGUACACAUAGUUAUUCAAGACAUUUUUCAACAUUUACAACCCAUUUAUUCCACUUAUUUUUUCAGUACCAUUUAUACACAUUAGUACCCAUAUUUUAUAUUACUGAAACAUAUCAAAUCACCAAAAUAUUGUAAUGUAAAUAAAAUCAUGGAAUUUCUUACUGAA